AUGCAUAGCGUGACGUUCUCUUUGGCGGCCCUUGUGGCGGGGGCUUAUGCUCAGGUCCAAAGCGAGAGCAUCCUUGGUGCGGAUGACGACGGCAAGUUCUGGAUCCACGGAGACGGCAUCUCCGCCGCUUUCGUUCCCUACGGCGCCUCCCUGGCCAACUUCCUCAUCGCCGAUAAGAAUGGCGUGGUGCGUGACAUCACCACCGGCUUCGACAACGCGACGCACUACACCAUAGAUACUCGCCACGAUCACUUCGGUGGCGUUCCGGGCCGUUACGCGAACCGCAUCCGAAACAGCACCUUUGAGGUGGAUGGCAUCGAAUAUCACACCACCCCGAACGACAACCCUACAGAAGAGCAUCCAGAUGGGCUCAACACACUACACGGGGGCCCGGAUGGCUGGGAUUGGCGAAACUUCACCGUGGUGGCGCAUACCAACAGCAGCAUCACAUUCUCCUUUUCGAUGCGGACGGCGAGCAAGGGUUUCCCGGCGACGUCGUCUCGUACAUCACGUACACGCUCAACGGGAUGA